CUGAAUACUACUAUCAUCGAACUCAUCUAGCUCAUCUACAGUGCAGAGUUGCUGUUUAUCAAUACCGUGAUGGGUAAUAUGGAAAGCAUGUGACCUCGUGAAGCUUAACCACGCGCGGCGCGUCUGAUUAUUCCGCCUCCACUCCGCAAGCUCCGUCGACCUGGUUCCUUUGCUUCAUUUUUUUCAUUAAGACUAACAAUUUACCAUAAUUAUUCGCAUAUGCUGAAAAUGGCGGGGACUAACGCCGCGAAGAGAGCGGCGUCCCCCACCCGCGCCAUCUCCCCACCCCCGCUGAAGAGAACCGCGGCGACAACGACGAAGACGACGAAGACGACAGUCACAAAGAAAUCAGCCGCCAACUUCUUCACCCCUGUCUCUCAAAAGAAGCCGGACUCCCUCGCCUGGCGGAUAGUCAACAACACCCUGAUUGUCGGAAAGUACUCGGGGCAGCAGCAGGAAUCGUCGGCCGAGAAGAAGCAGAAAAUCGCUGCAUUUGAUCUGGACUCUACUCUGAUCACGUCGGCGUCUGGGGCAACCUUUGCGAGAAGUCCAAAGGACUGGAAAUGGUGGAAUUCCUCGGUACCAUCUCGCGUUAGGGAACUAAACUCGGAGGGAUACCAAGUCGUCGUCGUCUCGAACCAGAAACAGAUCAGCUUGAAGAAAGGCGCUACGGAGUCGAAAAGCUACAACAACUUCAAAGAAAAGGUUACCGCCGUUUUAAACGAUCUGGAUGUCCCGUUGAGCGUCUACGCGGCGACUGAAAGUGAUGAGUACCGCAAGCCCCGGCUGGGAAUGUGGAGGGAGUUCCUUGAGGAUUACGAUUUGGAUGUGUCGGGGGUAGAUCUGAAGAGCUCGUUCUUCGUCGGGGAUGCCGCUGGCCGGCCGGGGGAUCACUCGCAGGUGGACAGGGGAUUUGCCGUGAACAUCGGGGUAGAUUUCAAGACACCAGAGGAAUUCUUCCUCAACCAGGCUCCGGAAGCGUUCGAGAAGACCUUUGAUCCUACUUCAUACCUACACACUGGUGAACAAGACCCUCCGCUUUUUACCCGUUUACAUCCUCUCGAGCUAGUCAUUUUCUGCGGCAGCCCUGGGGCUGGGAAGUCAACGUUCUACUGGAAUAAUCUCGAGCCGCUGGGAUACAAGCGUGUAAAUCAGGAUAUUCUCAAAUCUCGACCUAAAUGCCUCAAAGUCGCGCGAGAACAUCUGACUGAUGGGAAGUCUGUCGCUGUCGAUAAUACCAACGCCGACCCAGAAACACGGGCACACUGGACUUCUCUCGCAAAAGACCUCAAGAUCCCCAUCCGCUGCGUUCUGUUCCUCGCCUCCCCAGAGUUGUGCAAGCACAACAACGCCGCGCGUGCUGUAAAUCGCACCCUGAACCCCGAAUCUCGAACCUUCCUCCCCGGCAUCGCAUUCGGGGAUUUCGGCCGACGCUUCAAGGAGCCCUCGCUUGACGAGGGACUUAGUGAUAUCAUCCGAGUUGAAUUCCGGUUUCGUGGUGGGGACGAGGAGAAGAGGUUGUGGAGUCAGUAUUAUUAGUGAUUCUUCGUUUCGGUUUUAUUAUGCCUGGGGCAUGGGAAAAGUGUUGUUUUACGUGUUUGAUACCAAUAUGGACGCGCUUUAGAUGGAUGGUAUGUAAUUGUAUUACAUAAGACUAUUUACUUGAGGAAUAAAUGACAACAGAAGCGAAUCAAGUCUAUUAUACAGGACAUGGGUAUAUGCAGAUGAUA